AUGCCUCGCAUCUUCUUCCGCUUCCCGGCAAAGGAGCACCAGCAGCAGGAGCCGCUGACGCCCUCUCCUCCCAUCCUUCCACCCAAGCCCGCCGUGGCCCGACCUGGUCCACAGCCAUCCUCUCAAACGGCAUCAAUACGCUCUCGUCGCAUCACCAGCCCCAUAUCCGUCGCUCACCCAAGCCCCGAUCAAGCGACAGCUGGUCAACAGAGGGGACCGACGAGAUUGCCACACCGCGUCAGUGUAUCUGAUUCGUAUGCACAGGGUACAGCAUGGAGAGCGUCCUCGACUGCGCCGCCGUCGGAGUCUGCGCCACCUCAGCUCGCUCCCCGUUCUGCUGGUGUCAGUAGCAGUGCGUCACCUGCCUACCAGCCCGCAAAGAAGUCCAGUAAGGGAGCCCAGAGUCCCUUACGACCACUCCGUAGGUCCAAGGGUCAUCAGCCCAUUGCCAACGAGCGGGAGAGGCGAGAGAGCGAAAAGGCCAAAGACGCGGCCUCUGUCGCCGCUGCAGCCGUUUCGGCUGCACUACAGGAGGAGACUGCCCAAUUAAAGAAUGAGAUCAAUCAAGAUACGAUCAGGCUCACCCGGAUUCGGCAGCGCCAGCAAGCCAUCCGCGAAGAGCGCGAGCGUGUCGCUCUCGAACAGGAGAAGCGCGCCCGAUCGCAAUCCAGGGAGCCACCGAUCAUACCCACAACCACCAGCAAUGCGUCGGUAAACAACACCAGCAACAUGUAUAAUGCCCCCCAUAAUAUCAAUCAUGCCAAUCCUUAUGGAAAAUGUCAGUCUACGCCUGUAUUACCGCAGAGUCAACCAGAAUGGAUUCCUUACGGACACUAUCAUGCUCCAAGAGGAGGUGCACGGAGCACGGCACAGUCCCGCGAGUCGUUCCAGUCAGCGUCCAGCCAGGACAACAACACCGACUUUCGUCGCGUACGUACACCGAGCGCGUCUUCGAAUGAUCGGUCACCUCCCCCGUAUCACUACCACGGCGCUCAUGCGUCUUAUUCGCCGCCAAACGCCAGCCAGCAGCAACACUGGCAAAAGAUGGAGCAGGCCAGAAAGGAGCGUGAGAGGGAGAGGGCCAUGGCGAGGCUCAAGGAGACGAGAGAGCUUGAGCGAAAGGCCUUUGUGGAUGCGUGGGCCGUGUACGAGAGUCGGUGGAUGCUCUUGACGUAUGCGACGCGUUCGACGACUGUGGGAGGUGCACAGUCAGCCAAAGCGCUCACAUUGUCCUUUUUCGACAUACCUUGGCCACUCUUGCAUCCUCCUCGAGGGUGCGAGGACAUUACGACUGCAGCGAUUCGGCGCUUCAUCGCUUCAGAGCACCAGCAGGAGAAGGACAAGACGCACCGCGAGAGAAUCAAAGAGGCUCUGUUACGUUGGCACCCAGAUCGAUGGACUCGUAUCCUCGAUCAUGUCAGAACAGACCAUCGAGAGGAAGUGAGAAAGGGAGUCGACAUUGUCGUCAGGUGCCUCAACGAGCUUCUGCAUCGGCAAUGA